CAAAGCUACCGACUACACAUUGCAAUGGAAUUAGGCUCUGUAUCUAUCAGGUUCCUUAGAGCCAGUUCCACAUUCACGACUUUCCGAAGAAGAGAAAUCCGGUAUUGCCAGCAACGCCGCCUUCGCCAGGCGAUGAGUACUAUGGCGAGACCCCUCUUCAAAAAGCAGAGAGAUGAUGGUUCGGGUAGGCCGGGAACUCCUUUAGAGGCUCCUCGAACUGUUCUUAUUCAGCUCGCGUAGAGGUAGAAUUACCAGAAGAAGAGCUAUUCAGAUAUAGUCGAUACCGGUGGCUAUGCAACGAAACGGAGAAUCUUGCGAUGCGCUAUCGUGAAUUCAACAUUCCUGCUCUCCUAGAUGCUGCCGUCCAAGCCGUUGGCAACGGAGCUAGAACUUGUGUCAAACUACUGAAAUGCGUAGAAGGUCAACAAAAUAAGGUUUUCAUCAUAACUAUGGAUAAUGGAAGUGAAGUUUUGGCAAAGAUCCCCCACUCUAAUGUUGGUCCAGCUUUCUAUACGACUGCGUCUGAGGUCGCUACACGACAAUUUGUACGUCACCCGUGACUGGUAUGCUGAAGUUCUAAUAAAGAUUGUCUAACUCCGCACGGUUCUCAAAAUGCCCAUUCCGCGCAUUUAUGCAUAUUCUUCGGAUCCACUCAAUCCAGUAGGUGCUGAGUACAUCAUUGAAGAGAGGCAGAAGGAAAACCAC